AAGUCGUUAUACAUUCACCUCAUUCCUCAACGCACACUCUUCAGCUUCAGCACUAACGAAUAAAACAGUUGCAGCAAAGGAUUGAAAAUGGCGACGGUGGCUUCGUCACCGAUGAGGUUCACUAAAUCGGAGCUCUUCGGCGGCGCAUUGCGCGUCAGUGGAGGCGGUGGCGGUGGCGGCAGAGGCAGAUUGCGCGCUGCUCGUGUCGUUUCUCCCAAAGCUGUUUCUGAUACCAGCUCCUCUCAAAUUUGCCUUGAACCUGAUGCCAGCUCUAGUGUGCUAGGCAUCAUUCUUGGAGGGGGAGCAGGGACGCGGCUUUAUCCUCUUACCAAAAAGAGAGCGAAACCGGCUGUCCCACUGGGUGCGAAUUAUCGGUUGAUUGACAUCCCUGUUAGUAAUUGUUUGAACAGCAACGUAUCAAAGAUAUAUGUGCUUACUCAGUUUAACUCUGCAUCUCUUAAUCGCCACUUAUCACGGGCCUAUGCAAGUACUAUGGGAGGCUAUAAGAACGAAGGAUUUGUCGAAGUUCUUGCUGCCCAGCAAAGCCCUGAAAAUCCUAACUGGUUUCAGGGGACAGCUGAUGCUGUGAGGCAGUAUCUAUGGCUAUUUGAAGAGCAUGAUGUUCUUGAAUAUCUGAUUCUUGCUGGAGAUCAUUUGUAUAGGAUGGACUAUGAGAAAUUCGUCCAAGCGCACAGAGAAACCGAUGCUGAUAUAACAGUGGCGGCUCUGCCAAUGGAUGAAAAGCGUGCUACUGCCUUCGGUCUAAUGAAGAUUGACGAGGAGGGAAGGAUAAUCGAAUUCUCAGAGAAGCCGAAGGGAGAAGCCCUAAAAGCAAUGAGGGUGGACACCACGAUUUUAGGUCUAGACGACGAGAGAGCAAAGGAAAUGCCUUAUAUUGCAAGUAUGGGUAUCUAUGUUUUCAGUAAGAAUGCGAUGCUAAAUCUACUGCGGGACACGUUCCCCGGAGCCAAUGAUUUUGGAAGUGAAGUUAUUCCAGGUGCUACUUCAGUUGGUUUGAGGGUUCAGGCCUAUCUAUACAACGGUUACUGGGAAGACAUUGGUACCAUCGAGGCGUUCUACAAUGCCAAUUUAGGGAUCACCAAGAAACCAGUCCCGGAAUUCAGCUUCUAUGAUCGCUCCGCUCCUAUCUAUACACAGCCUCGUUACUUACCUCCUUCGAAAAUACUCAACGCUGAUGUUACCGACAGUGUCAUUGGCGAGGGUUGUGUUAUAAAGAACUGUAAGAUCCAUCAUUCUGUAAUCGGACUGAGGUCAUGCAUAUCAGAGGGUGCAGUCAUAGAAGACACCUUGCUCAUGGGAGCUGACUAUUACGAGACUGAUACAGACAGGAGAAACCUAUCAGCAAAAGGCGGCAUUCCAAUAGGCAUCGGGAAGAAUUCACACAUCAAGCGGGCAAUAAUCGACAAAAAUGCUCGUAUCGGAGAAGAUGUAAAGAUCAUAAACAGUGAGAAUGUGCAAGAGGCCGCGAGAGAGACGGACGGCUACUUCAUCAAGAGCGGCAUCGUUACAGUCAUCAAGGAUGCGUUGAUUCCCAGUGGAACUGUUAUUUAAACACUCAAUCCAUGAAGAUAUGAAUAUAUGAUCCAGUAAAAUAGAGUUGGAUUAAUUGUGAUAUCAACACAAUAAUAUAUAUACAUUUCUUUUUUUUAUGAUUUAUCCUUGUAAAGCUCAUUCAUUCAACAAGAGGUUUUCCUUUCAUGCCA